AUGCCAAAAUUCUCGCGCGGACAAUCGCCAAAAGUGCUGCAUCCUAUGUUACAAAAAAUGGUACCCUGGAUACCGGUGGUUAGCGGUGAGGCCAAUUGUGUUGAGAAUAGAUAUGCACUCUCAGUUCUCACCAAUGGCACUGAAUGGGGAGUGCUGGAGGAAGACUAUGAGAAAAUUUCCCAUGGCGGUGGUGAUUUCGAUACAACCGAAGAAGACGGUGUUCCUCCAGUAGAGGGUUUGGAAUGGACACCUGAUGAGCAAUACCCAAGUGACUAUAUCAAACAACUGAAAGAAUGGAUCGCCAUGGAACAGGAUGCUCCAAAGCCCCACCCUAGCUGGACCGGUGCCCCCGAAUUGUAA